AUGAACCUUGAAGAUGAUCCAGAACGCGUCGAGGCGUUUCGUCGUGGAGACCGAGAACUCCUGGCGCAGCUCUAUCACGCGCACGUGCCCGCGGUAGAGAAGCUGCUCAGGUUAGGGUUCACGUUCACGAGCCAGGGCAAGACCGUGCGCUUUCGAGGAUUUCAGGAACCGUUCCUUCUCCAGGAGAGCAUCCAGGAAGGAUUUUUACGCGCCUUCCGCGAGGAAGCGCGGCAGGCCUGGAACCCCGGUAAACCAUGGCGCCCUUACCUGUUGGCGAUCGUGCGCAACCAGGUCAUCGACCAGUUCCGCAAGCAACAGGUCGAACAACGCUACUUCGUGCCUCUGGCGCGGAUGGCGGGAGAAGAUGAAAGCGAGCAAGACGCGCUGGAUAAGCUCUCGAGCAGCGGAGAAUCAUCCGCAUCUCCAGAGAUGAAAGCCUUCCAGAGCCAGCUCGGCAAAAUAUUGAGCGUCUUCCUCGAGGAACUCGAUGAGGGAGAUCGCGACACGGUCCGCUUGCAUAUGUUGGGAGAUAUGACCCAACAGGAGCUCGCGGAUCACUUGAAUGAAUCGCGCAACGACGUUCGCAAGCGGAUCCGUGAGAUCCGCUCCAAGUUGCUACGGCACCUCAAGCGCGAGGGUGUGAUCGGCAGCCUGGAUGCGAGCGAAUUGCUCCGGGACCUCUCGGUCCUG